CCUCCCAGGUCAUCUACUUUUGCGCUCUUGCUAGGCUUCCAGCAUCGAAUACCGUUCACGCUGUGCCGAGAUUAACACUGGAUACGCUCCCCUGCAUCUUCUUGUUCGCAUCGCCGCUCUCGCUCGCUUAAAUAAUUACAGAGAAAACGCUGGUAGUUCUCUCGCUACCACUUCUCCUCCAUUUCCCCCGUCGCCACCAUGCUCGCGCUACGCGUCCCCUCCAUGGACGGGCUCCGCCUCAGCUCCUCUUCUCCCCUCCCCGACCACCGGCGCUCCCGCUCCGUAGCACUGCGUCGGCUUCUCGCUGUUCGAGUCUCCGCGGCCGCGCCUCGCAGAGAGGCCGAUCCCAAGAAACGGGUGGUCAUCACCGGGAUGGGACUGGUUUCCGUGUUCGGCAACGACCUGGAAACCUAUUACGAGAAGCUGCUCCAAGGGGAGAGCGGGAUCGGGCCCAUUGACCGGUUCGACGCCUCCAAGCUCCCCACCAGGUUCGCCGGACAGAUCAGGGGGUUCUCUUCGGAGGGGUACAUCGACGGGAAGAAUGAUCGAAGGCUGGACGACUGUUUGAGAUAUUGCCUGGUUAGUGGCAAGAAGGCCCUUGAGAGCGCCGGCCUCGGCCUUGGGAGCGAAGCCAUUGCCAAGAUUGACAAGGUUCGCGCUGGUGUUCUUGUCGGUACUGGCAUGGGUGGCCUUAGUGUCUUUUCUGACGGUGUUCAGGCUCUUAUUGAGAAAGGCCACAGGAAAAUAACUCCUUUUUUUAUUCCAUAUGCAAUAACAAACAUGGGUUCUGCACUACUUGCAAUGGACAUUGGUUUCAUGGGUCCUAACUACUCAAUUUCUACUGCUUGUGCAACUUCAAAUUAUUGCUUUUAUGCUGCCGCUAAUCAUAUUCGUUGUGGUGAGGCUGAUAUAAUGAUUGCUGGUGGUACUGAAGCUGCAAUCAUUCCAAUUGGUGUGGGAGGUUUUAUUGCGUGUAGAGCAUUAUCUCAGAGGAAUGAUGAUCCUGAAACUGCAUCAAGACCAUGGGAUAAGGACAGAGAUGGUUUUGUUAUGGGAGAAGGUGCUGGUGUAUUGGUUCUGGAGAGUCUUGAACAUGCUAUGAAACGAGAUGCUCCAAUUAUUGCUGAGUACCUUGGAGGUGCUGUAAACUGUGAUGCCUACCAUAUGACAGAUCCUCGAGCAGAUGGACUUGGCGUUUCAUCUUGCAUUCAGAAAAGCCUUGAAGAUGCUGGUGUGUCUCCAGAAGAGGUUAAUUAUAUAAAUGCUCAUGCAACUUCCACACUUGCGGGAGAUCUAGCUGAGGUGAAUGCCAUUAAACAAGUUUUCAAGAAUCCAUCUGGGAUCAAAAUGAAUUCUACGAAGUCUAUGAUAGGACACUGCCUUGGUGCAGCAGGAGGUCUAGAGGCUAUCGCUACUGUGAAAGCCAUAACCACAGGAUGGCUGCACCCCUCAAUAAACCAGUUUAACCCAGAGCCGUCAGUGGAGUUUGAUACGGUAGCAAACAAGAAGCAGCAGCAUGAAGUCAAUGUCGCUAUUUCCAAUUCAUUUGGUUUUGGAGGGCACAAUUCUGUGGUGGUAUUUGCACCUUUCAGGGCUUGAUUCCUUUUCUUUCUGCCUUGAUGAUUUACCUUCUUACUUGAGUUCAGGAAAAUUGGUGUUUUUUCGUAGCUGAAUUUUCUGUCGCAAUUUUUUUCUGCAAACACUUAGUCAUGAUACGUUAAAAAAAAGAAGCAAAUUUCCAGUAACUCACUGCGUGAUAUGUUGGGGGAUUAAGAUUCCAAUUGAAUUCUUAGAGAUUUGAUUCUUGCAA